GAAACAUAAAAUGAUUAGUUUUUCUUCCCCAAUUCUACCUGAAUCUUGGAGGAAUUCGAAUAUGCUUCUUCUAAGUUUAAUAGCUCCUCCAGAUAAUUUGAAUCCUGAAUAUUUUAGUACCCUUUUAAACCAGUAUGAUUAUUAUAAAUAUAAAGGUAUGGCUCUGUCAAUUCAGUGAAAAUAUUAAACAAAUCAUUAAUGGAUUAUAAAGUACUAGUUGAAAUGGGAACUCCUGAAGCAGCCAAAUCAGCAAAAUCAUUUCUUGACUAAUUAUCUUCAAACUUUAUCAAAUGUUCAUAUUAUUAUGAUGAAAAACCUGCCUAAUCAGUAUCCUAUAAAAAUUGUUCACUUGAUCUUAUUAAUGAUUCUACAAUGAGCACAUUAAAAUAUCGUCAUUCAACAUCACUCAAUGAAAGUAUAAAUUAAUUAUUUUUCUUAUAGUUGUAUAAGAAGAUGAUAAACAACCUACAAGCAUAAGAACAAUUCCAUCCAGUUAAUAAAUCAUUCACUCUACAUCUAAAAUUUAACACUCAACAGUAUUAUGUGUUAAUGGAAUUAAAGGAAAGAAUUUAGAUGCUUAAAAACUAUAUAAUAUCUUUAGUAAUUUCGGAAACAUCGACAAAAUUCUACUCAUUAAGUAUUCUAUACUCUCAAAAUAGGUUAAAAAAUUUCGCAUUUAUUAAAUAUCUCAAAGAAGAAUACUCAAUAUUCGUUUUUUAAAACUGUUAAAAUCUGUAAUUUUUUGAUAGCGUUGUUUCUAUUUCUUUCGUUGCAGAAGAUGCUAUUGACAAGCUUAUUGGUCUUGAUACUCUUUACAAUUAAUAAGAUUACUAUGUUGGUACUUAAGAAACAGAUAGGUAAUUAUAAAAGACCUUAUUUUAGAUUUAAUUCUAAUCAUAAAAUGAAUCUUUUCCCACCAAGUUAAGUCUUACAUAUCUCUAAUCUUAAAAAAGUGUCUUCUAAUGCUGAAACUAUGUGGGAUGUCUUUUCUGAAUUUGGCGUAGUCGAGGUUAUUUUAAAUCUAUAUUUUAGGCAGUUAAAGUUUUAAAUACUUAGUACAAAUUCAUGUGUUUAGUCAAAAUGGAAACUCUUCAAUAAGCUUUGGAAACUAUGGCUUUAAUGCAUAAUGAAGAGAUUGAUAAUAGAAAUAUUUAAAUCUCCUUCACCAAAGCAAAAAUCUGAUUAUAAUUUAG